AUGAAUCAGCGUCUCAACCCCACCGGGUUCUUUGGAAACUCCGAGUAUGAUAGACUUAAUGAAAUCGAGACCUUGGAAAGCCGAAAUAUCAGUACAGAUCUGUCAACUGUACCUCACCGGGUUAGGUUCACCAAGUCUCCAGGGGUUUGCGUUUCCUUGGCUAGAGCCGUGCCGUCUUGGGAGUGGUUGGUUUUUCAGUUGGGUAAAAACCAUCCCAGGUCAAUUUUAGCUCGUAUGCGGCGUUCCUUGGAUGUCGAUACUGUACAAACUACAAGGCUCCGUUCAAUGAACUUUCGCACUCGACCACGCUCCUCUAACACUAGUUUAUCUCAUGACAAAAUGCAGCUACUGUGUGUGUUGCAACCCAAUUCUCGUCGCAGCACUGCGGCGAGGCUUUACGGCGAUCCAAGCUGGACUGGGGCUUGCGGGGGCGGGCAUUCUGCAAGUGCCCGAGCGAUCUGCGGUUCCUCUUCGCGCCAGUGA